AUGAUGUCUUUCAAAGUUCUCUCUCUGCUCCUCACUUCUCUGGGCUUUGUUUUGAUGGAAGAAAGCGUCUCGGGUGUAAGCAUAAGGACUCCCAGUGCCAGACCAGUGCAAAGACGUUACUCUGAGGCCACCCUGGCAAGUGAUUACAGCCGCACGAUGGACAACAUGCUGAAGAAGAACUUUGUGGAAUGGUUGCUAGCCAGACGGGAGAAGAAAAGCGAUAACAUCAUCGAGACAUACAAGAGAGAAGCUGAGCCCCAAGUAGCAGCUAUGAAUGGUCAAAGAUUGGAUCUGGGCACCCAGGAAGCCAAAGACUUCUUUACCUGGCUUCUGAAAGCCAAGAAAAAUCAAAGUUUUACUUCUCUGGAAGGUUCAGAAGGUUUGAAGGAUGUUUUGGACCAGGAGUUUCUGAAAUGGCUGAUGUCGACUGAUCUCUGCAAAUCAACGUGA